AGGAGGAUUCAUAGGGGUUGUGAACAGAGAGAGCAAUGUAAAUGAGGACACCAUCAAUUUGAGAUAUAAUAUCUUUGGACAUGGGGGCGGUAUUUACCAUGGCGUUCAAAAGGGGUCCACGCCACUAUACCACAGGCACAAUGGCCGAGCGCUUUGACUGCCAUUACUGCAGAGCACCCCUCCAGGGGAAGAAGUACGUGGAGAAGGACGGACAUAACUGCUGUGUAAAAUGCUUUGAGAAAAUCUGUGCUAACACCUGUGCUGAGUGCAGGAAACCCAUCGGGGUGGAUUCCAAGGAACUGCAUUAUAAGAAUCGCUACUGGCACGAUUCCUGCUUCCGCUGUGCCAAAUGUUACCAUCCUCUGGCCAAUGAACAAUUUGUUGCCAAGGACAAUAAAAUCCUGUGCUCCAGGUGUACAACCAGAGAGGACUCCCUGCGUUGCAAUGGAUGCCACAAGCUGAUCCAGCCAGGUGGGCAGAAUGUUGAAUAUAAGGGCAGUGCCUGGCAUGAGGAAUGCUUUAUAUGCAGCAACUGCAAGCAAUCCAUAGGGACGGGAAGUUUCUUUCCCAAAGGAACGGAUGUCUUUUGUGUCAACUGCCAUGAGGAGAAAUUUGCAAAGCAAUGUGUAAAAUGCAAGAAUCCCAUAACCACUGGAGGAAUAACCUACCAAGAUCAGCCCUGGCACGGGGAUUGCUUUGUGUGUGAAACCUGCCACAAGAAGCUGUCUGGCCAGCGUUUCACCGCUGUUGAGGAUCAUUAUUACUGUGUGGAUUGCUACAAAACUUUUGUAGCUAAGAAAUGCUCUGGCUGUAACAACCCCAUAACAGGGUUUGGAAAGGGAUCCAACGUCGUGAACUAUGAAGGGCAUUCUUGGCAUGAGUACUGUUUCACUUGCAAGAAGUGCUCCCUGUCCCUGGCUAACAAGCGUUUCGUACGCCAUAAUGAGCAGGUUUACUGUCCCGACUGUGCCAAGAAGCUGUAAAACGGCACAGCACUAGCACCCAUGUGCCCAAUAUCUGCAACAAGUGUUGGUUAACAGCUAUAACAUAUGCAUGAAACCUAUUAUACGGAAAAUAACAAAUGGUAUCUGUAAGCAUAUAUCACCCUAGGUCCCUUAUUACAUAUUCAGUCUUUAUGCAUGCUAAUGUCUAUUCAAGCUUCAUUUUAAUUACUACAGUUACAGAAAAUAAUGUUAAUGGAGUACUAUGUAUAACAUAACUGCGUGAUGGAACUAUUGAAGACUUAAUAUUGUUCUUCGCAAGCAUCUUAUUAUGACUGAGUAGUAUGUUCUAUUUUGAACUUGAAUUUAUGAAUUAUUAUUAUUAUUAUUAUUAUACACAUAUUCAUUAAAAGUUAUACAACAUGAUUGCAACUUAUACUUGCAUGCUAGCUACAGAUGCUUCUAUGGAAUAAAGUACAGUAACUGUUAUUCAUGCCUGUGUGCCAUAGUCCUAAGAUUCCUUAUUAUAUACAGUAUUUCUUUACAAGAAUGGGGGGAGGGGGCAGCAGACCCAGAACCCACCAACACGCUUGUGCCCAGAUAAUUAGUACCCGUUCACACCCCCUCUCUGCAACCUUGAUUGCCGUGAGCAAGAAACAGAAGUAUAGCAAUUAAGGGGUACAGAAGAGGACUGCUUACAUGUAAUCACCACUAACCAUAAGCUUUACAUUAAGGGCAUCAUUAGUUUUAGGGGCCAGUCUAUGUUGUGAGGCAAGGGCUGCACAUGUAAUCAUGCAAUAUGCUGCCUGGUUUUGUAUGGAGCUCUCAGCUACUGAACAGAUUUAGUCUAGAUAUAGUCUCGCUAGAACAAUCCUCCUCCCAACUAAACUCUGCAGGGCAAUAUUGCAAUCUCCUCAACAUGUGAGUCCAUAGGUAGCCAUUUAAAACCUAUAGCUGCUGUUGCAUCACGUCUCUGCCUACUGUACCAGCCAGCAUCAACUACAUCUGGUUAUAGUUUAAGUAAUUACAAGUGCUUAUUUUACAGGGAACUUUGUAUAUCAGCAGUGUAACAAAUAAGUCUAUGUAACAGUACCUAUUUCUGCCAGUAGGUGGAGGUAUGUAUAGAUGUAUAAUACUUAAUUUGUAGCACAUAUAAUCCCAUAUACUAAUUUACAUACAGUAGCACCAUCAAUUUAUUCAGCACUGUGGAGAAUAUUUGUAAUUUGUACCCUGUCCCGUUGGUAUUUUUUUUAUUUUUUAUUAGAUUUUACAAAUUUCACACAGGAAAACAGAAUGAUAUAUCGUUGGUAUUUUUAAAAUCUAAAUUCUCUAACAUGUAAGUACACACAAACACAUUCUAGACUCUAAUCUAAUUAACCUACCAGUAUGUGUUUGGUGUAUUGGAGAUCAUACAAACCCCACAUAUUUAGGACCCUGAUAGUAAAUUGAACUGAAGACCUCAAAGCUGUGAAGCAGUAAUGGCUAACCACUACACCACCAUGCUGCCCACAUGUAUUCAAAGGCUAAUAUAUUAAAACAAACCUGACAUUUUUUAAUUAUUGUUUUACAUAAUGCCAAGAGAUCUGCAUGCAAUGUUUUAUGCUUCCUGUGAUUGGGAGAAAGUAUAUGGAAGACGAUCAACAAAUAUGCUGAGCGUACAAAUACAGGAACUGCUGAAGCUGUCCCACAUUAUGCAGAAUCAGUACCCUCAGCUGCCAUUUAUAUAAAGGGAAAGAUAGUGUGUAUUAUGUACACUUGGCACAGUGUCAAAUAAAAACAAGCAUUAUCUAAAUGUAACCAGCACUCUAUGUAUAAAACAGUUUACUGUACCACUAUGAAACAUAUAUUCAAUAAAGAAAAUUAAAUCGGGUGCACACCUUAGCAUACCUUGGGGAUUAUUUUGGGGAUAAUUAAUACGCAUUUUCAAAGCUUCUCUCAAUAACACAUUUAUUAAUCCAAUUUCGAUUACAUUUAAUAGAUGGAAGACUUUUAAAGCAAAGAAACACUUUCCUAUCAAAACCCAAAAAAGAGCAAACUGCAACACUGGCAAAAGUUAUGUAAAAGAAUAUUGAAUGGGGAUUUGACAUUCUGAAAAGGGGCUUCUUUUACCAAUAAACACAAUAAACAAAAA